AUGAAAACAUUCUUUGUGGCUACAUUUGCCUUCCUCACCGCUAUAGGUGAGGUCUCAGCUCGUGGAGGCGACGGUGGUGGCCAUGGUGAUGGCGGUGAUGGCGGCGAUGGCGGUGAUGGCGGCGAUGGCGGCGAUGGCGGCGAUGGCGGCUAUGGCGUGGCUGGUGGCCAUCCUCCGCCGGGCAGUAACACGCAGACGGACGCUAGUGGUUGUCUCUGCAAAAUGUAA